AUGGAUGAUCAACUACUGAAACAACUUGCUGUUCAAAAAGAAAAAGAAUGGAUAGCGGUUCUUCAGGAAAGACUUAAUACGCUUGAAAUAACUGUUCAAAACAAAGAUACACACUUGGCUGAACUGAAUCAAAAAUAUACACAAGUCAAAGAAGAUUUUAAAUACAAUUUAAAGUUGAUCGAUGAUAGAGAUAAAGAACUUGUGACAUUCGAUAAUCGUUUAAAAGAAUUCAAAAAACAAUUAAAUAAUAAAGAUAGUGAAAUAUCCGACUUAAAAAUAAUUAAUGAUCAAUUACGUUUUGCCGCACAACAAAUUGAAUUACAAGUAGAAGAAGAAAAAACACAAUUUAUACAUCGUUUAAAUCAAAAAGAUAAAGAUAUCAACGCUUAUAAACGUCAAUGUGAUGAUGCCCUAAAUGAUGAACGUCAACAAAUUGAGCAAGAACGACGUGCUGUAAAUAGAAAGUUAUCAGAACUAGAAGCAGAAUUAGAUCGACAACGUCGUGAAUUAUCAAAUGAUUUUGAAACACACACAAGAAAAUUAGAAUUUGAAUGGAAAAAAAAAUUUGAUGAUAUACAAAAUGAACAAUUGGCAAGUGAAUUAAAAAGUAAAUUGUUAACCGAUGAACUUGAACAAGAAAAAGUUUCUAAUCGAAAUUUAGAAAGUUAUAAUAUUGAGUUAAAUGAAAAAUUGAAAGCAUGUGAAAAAUUAAUUAAAGAACGCGAUUGGCAACUUCACGAGGUUGAAUCGAUUAAAAAUGCAAGAAUUCGUGAACUUGAACUAAAAACGACGAAUGUUGAUUCGAAAAUAAAAGAACGUGAAGAUGAUUUUAGUCGAAAACAUGGUGAACUUGAUCGAUUAGUGCGUGAAAAAGACUUGAUGCUGGAACAAUUGAAGCAAUCUUAUCAAGAAUUACAAGAAAGAUUAAUGAAUGAAAAUCAAAUACUAUUGGAUCAAGUUGGAAAAUUGAAAAAAGAACAAAAUGAAACACAACGUGAUUUUGAACAUGAUUUGAGAGAAAAAGAAGCGAGUUUAUCAAGAUUACAAGAUGAAAUAAAUCGCUUAAAAAAAGAAUAUAAUUAUCAACUAUCACAAGUAUCUAAGGAAAAUGCAAAUCAAAACGUUGAACAUCAAGCAAUACAAGAGGAAUGUGAUAUGUUGAAAGGAGAAUUAAAAAUUAAAGAUAAUCAUAUUAAUCGAUAUAAAAAAGAACUCGAAGAAGGCUUUGAUCGUGAACGUGCAUUAGAAGAAGCCAAAGCUCAACUUGAUAUUGAUUGGCAACGAAAAUUUGAUCAAGGACAAAGACAAGAAUAUCAUAAAUCAGAAAAUUUAAUUGAAAAAGUAACAGAUGCACAUCAACAGGCACUUGCUCAAGUAAAAAAAUUAGAAAAUGAUAUUCGAUUUAAAGAUGAUCUAUUAAAUGCAUACUCAAAUCAAUACAAAUCCAGUGGUGGUAAUCCGGAUGUUAUUGUGACUCUACAACGCGAAAAUGAAAAUCUUCGUUCUGUUAUAACGCAAAUGAGACAACAAAUGGAAUCAUUGGCAACAGAUUUACCAGGAAAUCCAGUAUCAGGACAGCCAAACGUAAUUAAUCAAUUACAAAAAGAUAAUCAAGAACUUCGUCAACAAAAUCGUGACCUUAUUAUGAGACUUGAUUCAAGACAUUCGAAUGAUUCGACAACAAUUGAAAUUGAUCAUACAAUGGCAAAUAAUGAAUUACGAAAAAAUCCUCAAUUAAAUAGCUAUGUACAAUCAUUGAAUAAUACAAUAGCUUCGCUACGAACAGAUAAAAUGCAAUUGGUUGCACAAGUUCGAAAACUAGAAGGACGUCUAAUACAAAUUGAAAAAAAUCACGAUAAUUUUCAACGUGAAUUGCGACAACGACAAUCACGUAUUGAUCAAUUGCAAUAUCAAUUAAAUGCGGAUGAUCGUCGACAUCAAACUGAAAUAAAUAGUUUAAAACAAAAAUUAAAUGAUUUAGAUGUUCAAUUGAUUGAAACAAGACGAGAAGCGGAUGAGUAUCAAAAAGCAAUUAUUGAGAGAAAUGCGGAUGUAACAGAAGUGGAAAGAAAGUUAAGCGAAGCAAAACUUGAAGCAGCUGGAAAAAUACCAUUAUUCAAUUAUGGUGGUCAAGAAAUUUUAAUUCAACAAUUACAAGAUGAAAUUGAACGUUUAACAAAAAGAUUUACUGAAUUGAGGCCACAUUUGAAUAAUGAAAACGAUGAUCCGGCAGGAAAACGUAUAACCGACAUACUUCUUCAACAAGAAAAUGAUCAAUUAAAACGAAAACUUGAACAAGCAACAAAAUAUAUUAAAACAUUGGUAUCCGAUAAAGAACGAUUAUUAGAAAUAAGUAAUCAUUUACGUUCACAAUUAAAUAAAAGUUCAACCGUUAGUAGUAGACCAAUAGUUCAACAACGUAGUAUCGAUGUUAUACCAACGAAUAUUCGUGCAAAGAAAGAUGUAUUAAAUCUUGAAAGUAAAUUAGAGAGACUAGAACAAUUGCAAUAUGCAUUAACAAAACAAGAAUUAGAAAAUCGCAAACGAGCAAGUCAUGUAGCAUCCGAAAUGCAACAACAACAACAAAGACCAAGAAGUGUGCCUGCAGAAAAAAACGAAAAUCUUCUCAAUGUUAGUGGAAAUACGAUAACAACUGUAGCUUCCGAACAAAUUCGUGAUCUAUGGAAAGUAUUAGAUAAUACACCGAGUAAAAUGUCUCCUCAAAAAUCAAUGAAUAUCAAUCCUCAAAGAAAAGCGUUAACUGCUCGACAGCAAACACGUCCAAAUCGAACAAAUAUCAAACCAACAACCGAAUCAAUAAAGCCACGUGUCAUUCGUAAUUAUAAUAUUAAAGAUCAUUGA